AAUAGAAUCACAGUAAACUGACGAUUAUUUGAUAACGAUUCGUAUUAAAAAUCAAAACAUACAUAAAUUAUCUAUUUUGUAGAGACAGUUUAGUAAAAAUUGGACUUACAGCAUGGAUUCCAAGACAUUGGUUGUGAAUAAAACGUUGCCUUUCGAUCCUGCGCUGCUCAUGGUAAACAUUUCACUGCGCCAGGUGGAAGAGAUUGCCAUUAGCAUUUCGAAGCGCUGCAUGGUCUCAGGCGUGAAUGAAAUCGCCUGGGCCUUGAGAGCACUCAUGCUCACGGAUCUGACCACGCUAGCUGGCGAUGAUACGCGUGCGAAUGUGCGUCGACUUUGCGUUCGUGCCUGCUUUCCUUUCGAGCCACAACUCUUUGACAAAUACUUUGAGCGCACACUGCUCCCAGACAUUCAUUGUGCCUCCGUCUGUGUUUAUCCUGCCCGUGUCAAAGAUGCUUACACUACCCUUGAGCAGUUGAAUCAAUUGGAUAAUGUGCCCAUCUCGGCGGUGACCACAGGAUUUCCAACUGGUCAAUAUGGACUGCAGACGCGACUGCAAGAAAUUAGCCAUGCUAUUCUAGCGGGUGCCACAGAGAUCGAUGUUGUCAUAAGUCGCCAACUGGCUCUCCUUGGCGAUUGGAAGGCGCUCUACAACGAGGUUGUGCUGAUGCGCAGCGCCUGCGGUGAACAUGCAUUGUUAAAAACCAUUCUGGCCAUCGGAGAGCUUGGCACGAUGGAGAAUGUCUACAAGGCGGCCAUGGUGUGCAUGAUGGCAGGCGCCGACUUCCUUAAGACAUCCACCGGCAUGGAAAUAGUAAAUGCCACACUCUCAGUGGGUUUAGUCAUGAUCUUUGCUAUACAGGAGUUUAAGCGACGCACUUGCCAAAUUGUUGGCAUCAAACCGGCUGGAGGAAUACGCACAGUUCGUGAUGCGAUUGCUUGGAUGACGUUGGUCAAUGAAACACUGGGCAGUCGUUGGCUAACACGAGACCGUUUUCGGUUUGGUACCACGGGUCUUUUAAACGACAUCGAAAAGGUUGUGCGCGAUGGUGUCGCUAAGUUGGAACGCGAGGCUGCUGAGAAAGCUUCUCAGAGUAAACCCAUAGCAUCCGAGGCAUGUAGUGAAGACGCGAUGUGCAAAGAGCUGCGCAAGAAGCAGCAGGAGAAAAAAUAGUCACUUCUUAUACAACUCCUCUAAUUUAAGCACUGACAAAUAAACCGUUUUGCUUGAAUCUGGCGCGUUUUUUCAAAGCGUAGUCAACAUCAAACUGUAAAGUAUUUAAGCCCUGGUAUCGGUAGAUGCGCAGUCGUGUUAUUUUGAAAUAAUAAAAAUUUAUAAUCAAUAA